AUGCUGUUGGACAACCUCGACCCCAACUUCCAGACCGACCAGCAGAGCAAGCACACGCCCCUACAUGCAGCUGCCCAGAAGGGCUCCAUGGAGAUCUGCCAUGUGCUACUUCAGGCUGGAGCCAACAUCAAUGCAGUAGACAAGCAGCAGCGGACACCGCUGAUGGAGGCCGUAGUGAACAACCAUCUGGAGUUGGCACGCUACAUGGUGCAGCAAGGCGGCUGCGUCUACAGCAAGGAGGAGGAUGGCUCUACCUGCCUCCACCACGCAGCCAAGAUUGGAAACCUGGAGAUGGUUAGCCUGCUGCUCAGCACGGGACAGGUGGAUGUCAAUGCUCAGGACAGUGGCGGAUGGACACCCAUCAUCUGGGCUGCAGAGCACAAGCACAUUGAGGUGAUACUCAUGCUGCUUACAAGGGGUGCUGAUGUCACCCUCACCGACAAUGAGGAUAACAUCUGCCUGCAUUGGGCCUUCUACACUGGCAGUGCCGCCAUCGCCGAGGUCCUCCUGAACGCCCACUGUGACUUCCAUGCUGUCAACUACCAUGGUGACACACCUCUGCACAUCGCAGCACGGGAGAGCUACCACGACUGUGUGCUGUUGUUCUUGUCCCGGGGGCCAAAUCCUGAGUUGCCGAACAAGGAAGGGGACACAGCAUGUGACCUGACCCCCGAGCGUUCUGAUGUGUGGUUUGCACUCCAGCUCAACCGCAAGCUUCGGCUUGCACUGCUGUCUUCUGGCCCCACUGGCCCCUCAGAUGCCCGGCUGAAACAGAGCAGUGGCCCAGGCUGCCCACACCUCCUCCUGGCCCCUGAGGUUGGCCCUGCAACGGACGACUCCUUGGGCACUAGGCAGCUAACGAGGUGCCCCCUCAGCCUCCAGGGCUGUGCCUCUGCCCAGGUGAGCACCCUGUGUGGCUGUGGUCCCCUGCGGAGGCUGAGGCUGCGCCUGCCUGUACAUCCGAGCAGGACAGCUCAGCAGGUCCAGAGCCCGAACACCCAUGCCCGCCCGGUUCUGCUUGACCCAUGA